GCAAUGGCGACACCAGAACGCUCUAAAUAUGUCAGCAAAACAACACGGAGGGGGAGUGAACUUAUGGACAGCAGUCAUAUUUUGAAGAAACAUUAUAAUAAUUCCAUCUAAUUGUGUGCAGGUUCGGUUUGGACGAAAGCUGUCUGGUUUCCUCCCAGUGACUCAGUAGAUGUCCACCCCCUCAGACACUUCAGGUGGAAUGUCCCAUCCUGGACCUUCCCCUGGGGCAGGUCUGUCCCCAGGGCCCAUCUUGGGCCCCAGCCCCGGACCAGAUCCCUCACCAAGCUCUGUUCACAGUAUGAUGGGACCCAGUCCUGGACCUGGUACGCCCAACGCGCCUCAUGGCAUGCAGGGCCAGGGCCAGAGUGAUUACUCUCAGGACAGCAUGUAUCCUAUGCACAAGCCACUGGAAGGGAUGAAUGACAAGUCGAUGGCAGAGGCGAUGCACUUUGGUCACAUGAAAGGCGUGGGGAUGAGAUCUCUCCACAGUGGCAUGGGGCCUCCACAGAGUCCUAUGGACCAGCACAGCCAAGGUUACAUGUCGCCUCAUCCAUCCCCCAUGGGAGUCCAUGAGCAUGCUGCUAGUCCCAUGUCAGGAGGUGGAGGUGGACCCACACCUCCACACAUGCCUCCUUCACAGUCAGGCCCCAUGAUGCCCAUGGAUCCCCAAGGAGGCAUGUCUAGCAUGGCGCAGCAGGGCCGAGGACCAUCUGCUUUCAGUCCAGUCCAGCUGCAGCAGCUCAGAGCUCAGAUUCUGGCCUACAAGAUCCUGGGACGUGGGCAGCCGCUGCCUGAAAACCUCCAGCUGGCUGUCCAGGGCAAGAGGAGCCUCCCGACAAUGCAGCAGCAGCAGCCACAGCAACCACCACAGCAGCAGCAGGCGCCUAGUUCCAGCCCUUACAACAGACCUCCAGGUAUGCCAAUGGCACCUAUGGGUGGUCCCCAGUCAAGUCCCUGCCCAACCCCAGCAUUGCAAGGACACAGUCAAAGCACAGGACCCAAGCCUUGGUCUGACGGUCAGGUUGGUGAAAAUCAGGCCAAUGCGCAGAAACACCUCACCCCUGCUGCCAGCGGUCGCCCGUCCCCUGCACCUCCUCAGACCUCCGCUGUACCAGCUGGGCCGAUACCGGGCGGUUCAGCAACCCCUCAGCCUCCUGGGCAGCAGGUGUCCCCCAUGCUCCAGAUGCAGCAGAAGCAGAACCGCAUCACGCCCAUCCAGAAGCCCCAGGGCCUGGACCCAGUGGGAAUCCUGCAGGAGAGAGAGUACAGACUGCAGGCUCGGAUUGCACAUCGAAUCCAGGAGCUGGAAAGUCUGCCGGGCUCGCUGCCUCCUGACCUGAGGACUAAAGCCACGGUGGAGCUCAAAGCGCUGCGUCUGCUCAACUUCCAGCGGCAGCUGAGGCAGGACGUCGUGGCUUGUAUGAGGCGAGACACGACCCUGGAGACGGCCCUCAACUCGAAGGCUUACAGGCGCAGCAAACGGCAGACGCUGAGGGAGGCUCGUAUGACGGAGAAGCUGGAGAAGCAGCAGAAGCUCGAGCAGGAAAAGAAACGCAGACAGAAACAUCAGGAAUAUCUCAACAGCAUUCUUCAGCAUGCCAAGGACUUCAAGGAGUACCACCGCUCAGUGUCCGGAAAAAUCCAGAAACUCACCAGAGCCAUCGCCACCUGGCACACCAACACAGAGCGGGAGCAGAAGAAGGAGACUGAGAGAAUUGAGAAGGAGAGGAUGAGGAGACUCAUGGCAGAAGAUGAGGAAGGCUACCGAAAACUGAUCGACCAAAAGAAAGACAAGCGUCUGGCCUACUUGCUGCAGCAGACGGACGAAUACGUGGCCAACCUCACCACCCUGGUGUACGAACACAAAGCUGCUCAAGCCGCCAAGGAGAAGAAGAGGAGGAAGAAGAAAAAGAAGAAGGUGGAUGGUGAUGGUGAAGGCACCAGCGCUAUUGGACCAGAUGGAGAGCCCAUGGAUGAGAGCAGCCAAAUGAGCGAGCUGCCGGUCAAAGUGAUCCAGACGGAGACGGGGAAAGUUCUGCAGGGAACCGAUGCCCCCAAAUCCAGCCAGCUGGAGGCCUGGCUCGAGAUGAACCCUGGCUAUGAAGUCGCCCCGCGGUCUGACAGCGAGGAGAGUGGCUCAGAGUUUGAAGAGGAGGAGGAAGACGAGGUGGCGAAGACCGAAACAGAGGAGACCAAGAUAAUCGAUCCCAAUGGCAAUAAAGUGACUGUCAAGGCCGCCAAGCACAUCAUCGAAUCGGCCAAGCAGGAUGUGGACGACGAGUACAGCGUUGCCACCGACCAGACCAGCUCCCACUCUUACUACGGUGUGGCCCACGCUGUCAUCGAGAAGGUGGAGAAGCAGUCGUCACUGCUGAUCAACGGCAUGCUGAAGCAGUACCAGAUCCAGGGGCUGGAGUGGAUGGUGUCUCUGUACAACAACAAUCUAAACGGCAUCCUGGCUGAUGAAAUGGGACUCGGCAAAACCAUCCAAACCAUCGCUCUUAUCACCUACCUGAUGGAGCACAAGAGGCUGAACGGUCCCUACCUCAUCAUCGUCCCUCUCUCGACUUUGUCUAACUGGACAUAUGAGCUUGACAAAUGGGCGCCUUCUGUGGUCAAAAUUGCCUACAAGGGCACCCCAGGUUUACGUCGGGGGCUCGUUCCUCAGCUCCGCAGCGGGAAGUUCAACGUCCUGCUGACCACCUAUGAAUACAUCAUCAAGGACAAGCACAUUCUGGCCAAGAUUCGUUGGAAGUACAUGAUUGUGGACGAGGGUCACCGCAUGAAGAACCACCACUGUAAGCUGACCCAGGUGCUGAACACCCACUACGUCGCCCCCCGCCGUCUCCUCCUCACCGGUACGCCGCUGCAGAACAAGCUGCCCGAGCUCUGGGCUCUGCUGAACUUCCUGCUGCCCACAAUCUUCAAGAGCUGCAGCACCUUCGAGCAGUGGUUCAACGCUCCGUUCGCCAUGACAGGAGAGAGGGUUGACCUAAACGAGGAGGAGACCAUCCUGAUUAUCCGGCGUUUGCAUAAGGUGCUCCGUCCCUUCCUGCUGCGUAGACUGAAGAAAGAGGUCGAGUCUCAGCUGCCAGAGAAGGUGGAGUAUGUCAUAAAAUGUGACAUGUCUGCCAUACAGAAGGUUCUGUACCGCCACAUGCAGAAAGGCAUCCUCCUCACCGACGGCUCAGAGAAAGACAAGAAGGGCAAAGGAGGAGCGAAGACUCUGAUGAACACCAUCAUGCAGCUGAAGAAGAUCUGCAACCAUCCGUACAUGUUCCAGCACAUCGAGGAGUCUUUUGCUGAGCACUUGGGCUAUCCAAACGGCAUCAUCACUGGGCCUGAUCUGUAUCGAGCUUCUGGGAAGUUUGAGCUCCUCGAUCGCAUCCUGCCGAAGCUCCAGGCCACCAGCCACAGAGUCCUGCUGUUCUGCCAGAUGACCACUCUCAUGACAAUCAUGGAGGAUUACUUCAGCUACCGCAACUUUCAGUAUUUACGUCUUGACGGGACCACCAAGGCUGAGGACCGAGCGGCUCUGCUGAAGAAAUUCAACGAGGAAGGAUCUCAGUACUUCAUCUUCCUCCUCAGCACCAGAGCCGGUGGCCUCGGCCUCAACCUGCAGGCCGCCGACACCGUCGUCAUCUUUGACAGCGACUGGAACCCACACCAGGACCUUCAGGCUCAGGAUCGAGCUCACCGCAUCGGCCAGCAGAACGAAGUCCGAGUGCUUCGUCUCUGCAGCGUCAACAGCGUGGAGGAGAAAAUCUUGGCAGCUGCCAAAUACAAACUGAACGUGGACCAGAAGGUGAUCCAGGCCGGCAUGUUCGACCAGAAGUCCUCGAGCCAUGAGCGCCGAGCCUUCCUCCAGGCCAUCUUAGAGCACGAGGAGCAGAACGAGGAAGAAGACGAGGUUCCGGAUGACGAAACCCUCAACCAGAUGAUCGCCCGCAAUGAAGACGAAUUUGAGCUCUUCAUGCGCAUGGACAUGGACCGACGGCGGGAGGAUGCCAGGAACCCGAAGCGUAAGCCUCGUCUGAUGGAGGAGGACGAGCUGCCCUCCUGGAUCAUCAAAGACGACGCCGAGGUGGAACGACUCACCUACGAAGAGGAGGAGGAGAAGAUGUUCGGCCGAGGGUCACGCUGCCGCCGAGACGUCGACUACAGCGACACGCUGACCGAGAAACAGUGGCUACGGGCCAUCGAGGACGGAAACCUGGAGGAGAUGGAGGAGGAGAUCCGACUGAAGAAGCGCAAACGCAAAAGACGCCAAGACAAGGACUCGUCGAGCAGAGACGAAGGAAGCUCGAAGGCCAAGAAGAGACGUGGACGACCUCCAGCAGAGAAGUUCUCCCCAAACCCGCCCAGGCUCACCAAGCAAAUGAACACCAUCAUCGAUACGGUCAUCAACUACAGAGACGGGUCCGGAAGACAACUGAGCGAAGUCUUCGUGCAGCUUCCAUCCAGAAAGGAACUCCCCGAAUAUUACGAGCUCAUCAGAAAACCUGUCGACUUCAAGAAGAUCAAGGAACGUGUGAGAAACCACAAAUACAGGAAUGUGGGAGACCUGGAGAGGGACGUGAUGCUACUCUGUCAGAACGCCCAGACCUUUAAUUUGGAGGGAUCCCAGAUAUACGAGGACUCCAUUGUUCUUCAGUCUGUAUUCAAGAGUGCCAGACAGAAAAUCGCCAAGGACGAGGAGAGCGAGGAUGACAGCGAUGACGACGAAGAUGACGAUGAAUCAGAAGCCGAGGCCAAGUCCGUACGGGUCAAGAUCAAGCUGAGCAGGGAGGCUCGAGGCCACGACAAAGGCAAGAAGAGGCAGAGCCGAGGGAAGGCCAAGCCGGUGGUCAGCGACGACGACAGCGACGACGACCAGGACGAUAACGAUCAGUCGGACAAGAGCAAAAGCGACGACGAAUGAGGAAGGACAGACGAGGACAGGAGGAUGUCGUUCAUGGCGCUUCUAAACAAUAAGGACAGUACCUUUCAUGGCUGUUCAGGUUCAUCUUCUGUGUUUUCUACGUCUUAAUUCAUCCGUCUGUAGUGCGUGUCGUCUUCUCCCACCAGCUUUGAAAUGUAUUACUAACCAUCAGUAACGUAUAGCAAUACCAAUCAGCUUAUACUCCUGUUUUUAAGACACUUUUCUAGUCUAUUUUUUAACUCCGUGCUUCGACAAAGCACAUGAAAUUCUGUAUGGAGAAAAAAAAAACAUUGGCCAUUCUAUUACGCGCUUUUGCUUUAUUUGUACCGGCUUGCUUGCACCUAAUAAAAACCUUAAUAUCUACACUUAUGAAAUGUGAAAAAAAAAAAAAUCUAACCAAUCUCAGCUAAUCUGGAGUCACUGGUGAGAGGAAACGGCAAUCAGUUUUAGAAACGUAACUUCCAAAUGUGCACAGUGCCAAAUGUUCAAACGUAGAGAAACCGACCGUUAACUAAGCCCCGCCCACCUGCAGCGACUGGCCAAUCACAGCUUAGCAACCGUAUCUAGCAUUCACAAACCAGCAACAUUUAAUUAAAGGAUUUAACAUUUUUUUGUGUCCAGCUGAUAAACUUACAAAUGUCACUACAACUCAUAAGUGAUUUUUACAACAAUUAAUAAAUUAUUAUAAACACAUGUAAUAUCCAAAUUAUAGAAGAUUAAACAAAGCAUUUUGGUGCUAAAGAGAUGCCUUGACCUAUAAAUAUCAUUUUGUAGAUGUAGGGAAACACGCCUGUUUGGCAGCAAAAAGCACAUUUCUGGAUGUAGUUAUUCACUCAGUGGAAGGGAAAUGCAAAAAUUGUUAGAUUUUUAAUUAUUAAUUCCCACUAAAAUUGCGAUUUACACAUUCGAUUUUUUUUCUUUGCACAACAUGUAGCUUUAAUUUAUAACGUUCUAAUUAAAUGUCGCUUUAAGACCAGCAAACUCUGUCAACUAAUGUUUUAAAUUAGACGUUAUAAUGAAGAGACGUCCAUUUAAACCAUCCUGAAUAAAAAUCUAUGGGAAAAUUCCAUAAUGCUAAAGAUGACGGUUAUUUUUUACACAUUUCCAGCCCCUCUGCUGACUGAAUAGAAAUACUUUACUACUCAAUUUAAAUUCACAACAUAUGUGAACUCUGUGCUUAGCUUACCUAAAACGGUACACUGGAAAACACAGACGACAUAGUAUGCCAGGAAAUCAUCCCAUAUUUUGUCAAGUAGAAACACCAGGAUGUCCUGCUACACCGUCACACUCUGUAGUAGCUUUUCUGACCCACAAUCCUCUGCAGCAUGAAGUCUAUUGAAGCAACACUGCAACAAGACAAUCAAAGGUUCAGGGGCAGCAUUACGGCGAUGUUACGUUACAGUAGCUGUAGGGGCAUUUGGGAAAACAGGAAGUGAGGAAAUCUGCUCAAGUGAAAGCUGCAGUUGUUAGCAUGUUUGGCUACAAAAGUCCACGUAGAUCUGCUGUCAAACGGUGCAAAAUGUGUCUCCAUGUGGACUACGGGAGUAGUGUGGAAUUCGUACGUACAACAUGAGAACAUCAGUGGUGUAAUCAAGGUUUAACUGGCUUUAACUACUAACCAAGCCAUGUUAAUUUGGGUUAAUGGACACUUUAUUAAAAGCUAGUUUAAGGACGAACAUAUCGAUCCAGGAUCUAUUAACCUCUAUGUUUAUCUACAUGGAUCAAAACUGGUGAAGAUGCCUUCACUUGGACAUGUCAGCAUUCAUAUUUAUGUGAUUAUUUUAGACUCUUUGUACAAGUUUGUCUCAGCUAGAAGAAUUAAAAAGUGAAUGGAUGUUGCUAAUUAAGCCACUAUUAGAUCAUCAGAGGUCUUCUACUCAUCUAUCUCUGAUUUGCUUUAAACUUUUUCAUCUUUAAGACAAGCUGUAGUCCAUAAACAAAAAUAUGAGCAGAUACCAUAACCCAGCUAGUUCCAAAAUGGUUCAAAAAGAAGAUAUUUUUAAUAAUACGGGCAUAUUUUUCAUUUUUGGACACCACUUUCUCAACAUUAACCAAUAAAGUAGUGUCUAGGCUGCCACAGUUGCCUUCAGAAAUAUAGAAAAUACUCUGUGGAUCUUAAAACCAGCUGCUAUGAAUGGAACACGAGUAGGUUCCUCUUGGCAAAAUGUUCCUUUAAGUAACACAUCACAGGUUAAAAUGAGAAGCUACUUCCACUAAAACUGCUCAUGAAGGAUCUCUGCAGUCCAAAUGUUCACGUCUACCUGAUCUUACUGAUGCUCUGAUCUUUAUUUGACUGAGGUUUCUGUGUCAUUUCUUUAGGAAUUAUCACUAUUAAGUGGGCAUCAGCAUAACUGUGUGAAAUUUAUCACAUCUUUACAUGUUUUUAAUGGUUUGGAUUGGAGGUGGAAGGAUCUAUUAGCUAAAAAAAAGUCACGGCUGGUAAAAAAAACCUGAGCAACAUGAGAAUUUCUAGUCGUCAAAUGUCGGGGUUUAGCUAACGGUCAAAUCCUAAAACACCACGUUUGUGAAAGCACAGGCGAAUGUACCUAAAACGAUUAUAUUUAUAGUUGAUGCCAUACAUGCUGAAUGCUUUUUAAAGCGCUUUUAGUAACUAAAAUGUACUCAUCCUUCAUUUAGGCAAGUCCACGUGUUUCAUGUAUUCUUUAUUCUUUCAACAAGUUGUGUAUCAGCCUCAUUUUCUCAUUCACAAACAGAAACGUUUUGGUUAUUUUGAGUGAGAAGCCUGCCUUAAGAGAGCAAGAUGUCAUUUCAGAGAGGCAGAUUAACGGGAACAUCUUGGAUUUGAUUCGGCGUCCAUCGUAGCAGAACAUGUAGCGUUCAGAGAAAAUAAAAACAAGUCUUUGCUGGAUGUUUUUUUUGCAGACUUUUAAAGGCGGCUGACAACAACAAAUAUGACAAAACAGCGUUCUGAGAUUUAAGCUUUGAAUGACUAUAACGGUAUAUUUUAAACAAUGUAUUGAUUUCUACAUUUUGAUUGAGGUGUUUGUGUUUCCUUGUGAAUUAGCUCCAAGCCCUCACUUUAUCGGUUUAUCUUGUCGUUUGUAGCAUGAACUCUUUUUGGAAAUAUACUGCAGAUAUAUCUUUUUUGUUUGUUUGUGUAAAAUGUGCUCGCCGACUCUCCGUAAGUGUGACUUAAUCUUUGCUUUCUUUGCACAGUGUCUUUGUGGUUGUAUGUCAUAGCCCAGGGCAAAUAAAUAAAUAUCACUGAUUUUCAGCACAAAA